CAGUUGUGUGUGAACAACACGCAUGCUUCCGUUUGAUUUUCUGUGUAUGCGAUCAAUAUGAUAUAAGGUUUUUGUUUUUUUUAUUAGUGAAUAAUAUUGAAAGUUUCUUUCUUUAACGCGAUGUUGACACCACGUUUCAAGUUAAGUCAAGACGCUAAUCAUGUUUUUGUAAUUAUACAUGCGCCUUAUACAAAUAUUGGUGACACAGAAAUCGAUGUAGAGGGUGAAAACUUUUUAUUCGUUUCUAGUCCUUAUUUUCUGAGACUGCGGUUACCUGGCAGAAUCGUUGACAAUGAUAGUUCUAAAGGGUCAUAUACUUGUGAGUCGGGAGACUUCAGUCUCACAUUUGACAAAGAAACACCGGGAGAAUACUUUGAAAACUUGGACAUGAUUACCAGUCUUCUAGCACCCAAGGAUAUACCUGACAUUAAUCCCAGUUUAGUGGAAAUGCUCGAAGAAGACGGUAUUACAUUCGAUGAUAAUGACAAAACUGAUAACAGCAAUAAAUUCACAUAUGGAUUUGCUUUCAAGAUAUCAACAGAAUUCAAAGGAAUCGGUAAUGAAUUUCCCCAAAUAUUUGAAUUGAAAGCACCAGAGAGUGUUGCAGUUCAGGAUCGUACUAAGAUGAGAAUAGAAAACGAAAAUGACAAAUUCUCUUCAGACCAUUAUUUGGCUGAUUUAUAUGAGGAUGAGUUAAUUGCACCUUAUUUGAUGCACUCACCUCACUGGGUAAGUCCUGAUUUCAGCAACAAUAUUGAGUUUAUAGAAGAAGAAGUUGGUAUAUUGAAAGAAUUACCAAACAAACAUUACCUACUGAAUAAAAAUGAAAAAAAGCAAGUUCUGCUUGGCUUGAUUGACAUUCUCUUUGGUUAUUGUUAUGACAAGCGGACAACUUUAAAUGAGAGCAAUGUUGAAUCUAGUUGGACUAUAAAUAAAUUGUCAUCAACAUUAAGUUGGUUUUGUGUGUUUAAUGAUGUCAAAGAAGUAUUGGUGGCUUGCUAUAGAAGAGCGCUAGUUUAUCCCAUAUUUAGAAACUUUGAACUUUGUGAGAAAGUAAAAGGUGAUCUUGUGGUGAUGCUAAAAAAAGGCAAAAAGUUAAUUAUAAAGUGCUUUAUCGAGAUACAUCAGAUGUUUAACACGAGUAAUGAUGCACGGUACAUUCUCAAUCAGUUAUACAUAAAAGAUUAUUUAGUAUUCCUUCAAAAAUGCAGAACUGAGGAAAUUGAUGAACUUUAUAAAGAUAUGGUCAACAUUAACAUAACUAAGAAUGAUCUGGAAUUAGAAUUAGAAGAAUUGGAAGCGGCAGCAGAGUUAGUCCAACAGGAAGAAACUGAAAUAAUGGAGAACCAAAUGGCACUCAAAAUGGCUUCCAUGUCUUUGUUGCCAGGGCUCAAAAAGAAUAAUAUUGAAUAUGAUGAUGACAGCGAUGAAUAUGAUACAUCUUCUUCAGAUUCUAGUAAUGAUUCUUCGGAUGAUUCAUCAGAUGACUUGGAUUCUGAUGAUGACCCAUUGUGACAGCACUGUUUCAGGUCCUAGUGCCCAAGCAAAGGCUUGUGAUUGUUUCUGCUUAAGACUGAGUAGAAUAAGAAUUGUAAAUGUCUGAAAGAUGACCUUUUGCUGAACCACAUUAGGAUAGAGAACUAAGCUAAUUAACAUCUCAAUAGCACAGCCUACCCUAUAAUAUGGUACAUGUAGAUAC